CUUUGCGUUGUUCAUCAUGUCACAGGACUCUCAGUCUCAGCCUCAGGAUUCUGAUCUAGAGAGCCCGAGUGAUUCGACGCAACGUGAAAAUCCUCAAGGCGCUCCGAAUAAAUUACUAGCUUGUUAUGCCUGCCUACCCGAACCCUUGCGAAAAGCUCUAAAUUGGAUGAGUGACAAUAUUGAUAUAGAAUCCAAUUGGGGCCGCGGGCUAUAUAUUGCGGCUUAUAUGAUUGUUAUCUUAAUGCAUCCUUUGCAUUACUACGCUUAUGAGAUCAAUUUCGAUCAAAAUUGCCUCGAAAUCGUCAAUGAAUUAAAUGCCACGAUUGCUGCUGUCGUCUUCUUUAAUUUUUAUAUGCUGCUCUAUACUCCCAAUUGUUUAAAAAAUACCUUUUCAUCUAAUCCUGGUUCUAAAACCGCGAUCGGACAUUUCUUCUUUAUUCAAAUACCAGUAUUGUUCAUGACAUUGACGGUACUUCCUUAUUUGACAACGGGAGCGAAAGACCAGAUCUUUUUGGCGGCAGCUGACUUGUUUCUUUUCGGAUAUAUUCUACUGGUUAUUGGACUGUCAUUAACUAUUAAAAGAGCUACUGAGAUUAAUGGCUUUUUUGCCGAAGCUAAGUGGGUCAAAGCUGUAUUCAAUCUUUUUCUUUACCUGCUUGGGGGUCAUGUAGGUUACUUCAGUCACCACUUAUUUUUGCUAAUUUACUUGAGUAUCACAGAUGUCACGAUUUAUAAACAAAAUUCAACACAUAAACACUACAUUGAGAUAGCUUCUGAAUAUGAUGACAACUCACCAUUUUCUUCCAUCACAGACAAAGCAUAA